CCCGCACCUUCCACCCCACCAACAAACAAUCGCGUCUUCCGAACCGAAGCUUCUCUCACCCCCGAACUCCCUUCAUACGCGCAGACCAAAUCGUUCACACACACAAUGUCAGCCUCAUACCCCGAAAUUGCGAAUGGAGCGCAGAUGCAGUCGCUGCUGGGCGGCAGCAAGCCCGCGAUGGUGGCCUGUGAGCUCCCUACCUACCUACUCUACAACCAACCAGCCCACGGGAGAGAGAACUUCCGCGAAAAGCUGACACCUGCCCCCGUGGUUCCCCCGCUGUGCAGUUUAUAAGAGUGCCCACCAGGUGCUCGAUGGUAUGGGCACAGUUGCCGGUCGUCUGACCGACAAGAUCCGGCUGGCGCGCUGCGACAUCACCAAGAACCCGUGGGCUGAGAGCCAGUACCAGAUCACUGUUGAUCCCACCUUCCUCGUGUUCAAGUCCGGUGCUGUUAUCCGUCGCAUGUCAGGUGUCGGCGAGCUGAUCACGUCGCUCCCGGAUCUCCUCGGCAGCCUCGAGGGACCCGCCGGAGGUGCCGCGGCCGGUGGCGGCAGCAGCAACACCACCACCAAUGACUCGUCGUGGCUCGGAGCGCCGAUCGCGGUCAAGAAUUACUCCAACAUCACGCAGUCGGUCGAGCUGGCGGGGCUCGACAUUCUCAAUGCCAACACGUCGCUCGGCACAGCCCGCACGCUGUUCGAGUUCAAAAAACCGGCCGGAAAGGGAGCCGACGGCGUCGAGAGCGAUACCGACGAACAGCUGAUGCUUUACAUUCCGUUCCAGGCGGCGGUCAAGCUCCACUCGAUCCACCUUACCUCCCUCGCGUCGGCGGACGCGGACGAAGACGACGACGAGGCCCCUUCCCGUCCCCGCACCAUCAAGCUGUUCUGCAACACGCACCAGAUCCUCGGAUUCGAGGACGCCGAGGAGCGCGAGUCCACACAGACCAUCGAGCUCAAGGCCGAGGACUGGAAUAAGAACGGCACGGCAGUGAUCACGACCAAAUUCGUCAAGUUCCAGAACUGCUCGGCGUUCACCAUGUUCUUUGUCGAGGCGGAGCGCCCCGGCGCAGAGAAGAUCCGCAUCGAUAGGUUACGUGUUAUCGGCGAGGUCAUGGGCGAGAAGGUAGAUAUGAACAAGUUGAAGCAGCAGGAGGAGUAGAAGAUGACGGAAGACGACGCGGCUGUAAUCAUUUUGCGCGUGCACUUCUAACUUUAUUUCUUCUUCUUUCUCCUCCUGGUUCUUGCUUUGCUUUGCUCGUUCUACCUACAUCGCGAGAUAGCUAUGGCGGAGGCGGAUGGGAGGGGGGAGGGAUCGUUCCGAAGUGAUGUGAUGCGAUGUGAUGGAAGGGGCUGCUUUGCUUUACCUUUACUUUACUCUGCACCUUGCUUUACUGCCUACCUAGUCAAGUACUUUUGCACGCAUACUACAGCGGGGUUUCUUGUUUCGAUUCUUGUUUUUUUCCGCAUGUCAUCUUGGUUUGUUUCAACUUUAUCUGGUCGAGGGAGGGGA